AUGAGCCCAAGAGUCUCCAAGCGGCAGCAGGGCCGCGCAGCAACCGUCUCGGACUCAGAAGAGGGCCAACAAAGCGAAGAGGACUCUCUCCCCAUCCCUCGGUCCAAACAAUCCCGCAACGAGAGCGCAGGUAAUAUGCUGGCUCGAUCUCGUGCCGCCGGUCGUGUGAAGGGAAAGCAUCACAAGACUGCGGAACCAUCUGAUAGAAUGCCUGGCUCGAAUAUUUCACCGGUGCUAGGGCCCGAGCCUGAUGGUGCAGCAUUCGCCAGUGGAAGCUUGCAACCAACUGUCGAUGGGCAAGGGUGGCGAGCACGGAGUAUGCCCGAAGUUCCUGACCAACGGCCAGCUACGCCCCUCAACCAAGCAAGUGAUGGAGAACGAACUCAAGGACAGGAACCCGGUAGUGGAUGGCGAGAUCAUGCCGCUUCCCAGACAUCCAUAGACAAGAAAGCUUGGGCCGAGCUUACCGGUCAAGCGCUACAGGCUCUGCAGAUGGAAAUGGAUAUCGUGGGGGAAGUGGUGCAUGCAUUGGCGCAGUGGCGUGCAAAAUUGGCUUUGCUGGAGGCUGUCGUCAGAAAUCCCCUGUGGUUGAGCGCUGGAGAUGGGUGCACGAAGAACGGUGAGGGACGUGAAUGCACCGGGUCGGGCAAGGAAGAGAGGAGUGGGGAUGAGUGGGUUCUGCAUAAGAUGGGGGGAUCGGAAAGCUCAUACGCCGGCCAGGAUAAAUGGCUAAAGGGGUGGUAUUUUGAGCAUGUUGUGUCGAUGACGGGGAUGGGUAAUGUAAUGGCUGAGAAGGCCUGGAGCGAAUUGGAUCGUACGUGUGUAAGGACUUGA